UUAACUUUGCAUUCAAGUGCUCUCCAGUACGAGGAGGAAAUAAAGCUCAAUAUUUCCUUAGCGACGAUCUUCACAAUGAUGGCAGAGGAAGAAACCGAGAAAUUCUACCUGCAAAAGGAGCAGUUGACGGUGGACUCCGAUGAUGAGUACCAGUAUGAGGAGGUCCCCAUUGAUGAGAUCUUUAUUGGGGCAGAAACUGAAGAGGACCUUGACCUGGCAGUGAGGACCAUAAGAGAAGCAGAAGAGGAUGCUCUGGUAACUACUCGCACCGUCAUCAGUUUUAGGUCAGAUGAGUCUCAGAAAGAUGGUCUGGCAAAGGCCUCCGUCACCCAACGCCCUGAAGUUGUGGAUGACUUUGUGCGUAAUUUCCUUGUGAGGAUGAAUAUGGAUAAGACUUUGGAGUGUUUCCAGACAGAAUGGUAUGAGCUUCAACAGAGAGGCUUGCUCCACGAAGAGGACAUUGGUGUGGUCCCCGACAUCUACAGCCGGAACCAAGAUCUAGACAAUGAUGUCAAGUUCCUCAAACAUGAAGUCAACAAGUACAAAGAGGCUGCCAUGAAAGCUAAGGAAACCUAUGUAAAGCUGAGAAAGGAGAGGGAUUACCAUAGAAUGCAUCAUAAAAGAGUUGUCCAGGAAAAAAACAAACUAAUCAAUGACAUCAAGAGACUAAAGCGACAUUAUGCCCAGUAUGAGCCCACUCUUCAGCAACUAAAGAAAAAAUACGAGGUGGCCAUGAAGGAGAAAAUGCUGUCCAAGCUUGAGAAGGACCGGGCAGUCGGACAAGUGGCCGGGCUUCAGAGUACGCUAAAGAGCAUGGAGUCCUUCAAAGGAACACCACCCAGAGGAUUUCAACCAGCUACUCAGUCGGGUAAGAGGAGGGACUGGGAGGUUGAUGGAGAGGGGCGGGGACCGACCCAGAGGACCCUAGCAAUGGAGAGAAUGAGGGCUGUGUCUGGAGAUGUUAGGGACCUGCCAGAAAAUUACAGACGCCAUCCUGAUGAUUCCGAAUUUCCAAAAGACACAGGCAUCAAUCCAAUUUUGGCUCAGAUAAAGGGUCCAACUGGUCAUCUGGCAAGGAGUGGGGGAUUCCGAUUGUCUAAUACAUUCCAGGCCCACUCUCAUCCCAUCAGCAGUGUUGUGCUGCAUCCUCGGAAGCAAAUAUUGGCCACUACAAGCGAUGAUCAUACGUGGAAAAUGUGGGCAGUGCCAAGUGGUGACAUCAUAAUGACAGGUGAAGGUCACACAGACUGGGUCUCCGAUUGUGACUUCCAUCCCUCUGGUUCUAAGUUGGUGACUUCCAGUGGUGACACAACAGUGAAGAUUUGGGACUUUUCUAAAGCAGAAUGUGUACACACCUUCACGGACCACACACACGCAGUGUGGGGCUGUACCUGGCACACAUGUGGGGACUUUGUGGCCUCCUGCUCUAUGGACAACACCUGUAAACUCUGGGAUCUGAACAGUCUACGCUGUCGCUUCACGAUGCGGGGCCACGCGGACAGCGUCAAUAGCAUCGAGUUCCUACCAUACUCUAACACACUCCUCUCCAGCUCAGCUGAUAAAACACUGUCACUCUGGGAUGCCAGAACUGGACUCUGUGCACAAACAUUUUAUGGCCACAUGCAUUCCGUCAACAAUGCAGCCUUUAGUCUGAAGGGUGAUACAGUGGUGUCCUGUGAUUCGUAUGGAACUGUCAAACUUUGGGAUGUCAGAACAGUGGCCCCUAUGGUCAGUUUUGAUGUGGGACCUCAUCCUGCCAACAGGGUGAUUUUCGACCCCACAGGAGCUGUCGUGGCCAUCGCCAGUAAUGAUGCCACCGUGAAGAUGUAUGAAGUAUCAAACGGGAGAAUUGGAACCUUGGUGGGACAUGAGGAUGCUGUACAGUGUCUAAUGUUUGACAAGUCGGGAGAAUUCAUGGUCUCUGGAGGAAGUGACAACACUAUCCGUAUCUGGUCAUAGUUUACGCACACUCCACAUGCUUGACAUUACAAUACGCCAAGACUUUGGAAGACUGUGGAAUGUGACUUGCAUUUGUGCAUCUCAGUGAUACAGAUUUAAUUUUGAUGAUUGUAGAUUCUAAUUUUUCUCUCUAUGGAUGAAAAUUAAUAACUAGAUCUACAAGUGUUAUUGUCAUAUAGGUUAAUAUAUUAUUAUUGCAUCCUGUUUGUUAUGAAUGUCCAUGCUUUUUAUAUGUCUAUGAUAAAAUUAAGUAUAAUAUA